UUUAAUUGUCAAUGUCAAAACUUGAAUCAUAGCAUCUCCAGUUUCAAUAAUCUUGAAUUUAUUUUUAUAAAGGGAUUAAUUGAAAUAUUUCGCUAUGGAUGAUCCUGAACUUGAAAGAAUUCGCCAGCAACGUCUUGCCCAAUUGCAAGCACAACAUGGGGGCACAGGAGAUCCUAAUCAAGCUAAAGCUCAAGAAGAAAAGAUGAGAGCUAUGGAAGAUGCAAAACAUUCUAUUUUGGCCCAAGUGCUGAGUCAAGACGCGAGAGCCAGAUUGAACACAAUAAAGCUUAGUAAGCCGGAAAAAGGUACUAUGGUUGAAAAUAUGAUUUGCAGAAUGGCACAAGUUGGACAAGUAAGCGGUAAAAUAUCUGAAAAUGAACUAAUUGAGUUGCUACAAUCUGUUAAUCAACAAAUGCCGAAGACAACAAGCACUGUCAAGUUUGACCGCCGUAGAGCUGCUCUUGAUUCUGACGAUGAUGAUUUUUAGCAAAUGGAAAGAUCUUAUUUUUAUAUAAAGCUUUUAGCUGCCUUUGCAUGUAACUCAGAAAUUAUCUUGUAUUUUUUAAAGCUAAUGGUGUCUGAUUAGUUUAAGAAAGCAUUAAAAUGACAGUCUAAUGUAUUUCUUUGUUUAAAUUUUGUAACAUAAUUUGAUGGAAUAUUUGGUACAAAGUUCAUUUUUACAUUUACAUUCACUGAUUACAUUCAAGUUUUUGUUUUCAAUGAAUAGACUUGUAUUCUUCUUAUUCAAGCUUUUCACAAGCAAUUUGUAACUCAUGUACUUUACAUUACACUUAACUAAACAUAUUUUACAAAUAAAUUAAUGUCCUUUA